UUUUAAUGUAAUCAAUUCGAAAUGACUUCCUCCAAGUCUUUGUUAAUAGUUUGUGUGGUUUUCAAUGCUCUUGCGUCUCCUGUAUACUGCUAUGAUCUGUAUAACUCCAGUAAGUGGCUACCAGGGGAGCAUGGGUACCAAGGAGUCCACAAUGGCAAGGAGGACGCCAAGGACUUCAUCAACGAGUGGACAGUAUCUUUGGAGGGCGACGAGGAAAUCGCUCAGCUGGUUGCCUUGGAGCUUGGAUACGCGUAUGGCGGGCCUGUUAACGGCUUCCCGAACACAUACACGUUUUUGAAAUACGAACACGAAAAGCAGCGCCGAACCCCUACGUCCCACACUACAAUACUCACAAAGGACCGGAGGGUGAGAUGGGCGGAACAAUUAUUCGCGAAAUCAAGGGUUAAAAGAUACCCUACUCCGGGGCCGGAUGAGCCUGUGGACCGGGUGAAGAGGGUGGAACUUUCCAACGACAUACCGAGGCGCACCAGGAGUCCAGAAGAUCACAGGAGACCAUUCUUCAAUGAUGAAUUAUGGGGCCACGAGUGGUAUUUGCAAGACACUCGCACUAUGUUCAACCUGCCACGUCUCGACCUGAACGUGCUGCCGGUAUAUAAAAUGGGUUAUAAUGGAAGCGGUGUUCGCAUUUCCGUACUCGACGACGGCGUCGAACACAACCAUACUGACCUGCGCUCUAACUACGAUCCGGAAAUAAGUUGGGAUUGCAAUGACAAUGAUCCAGAUCCUCAACCAAGUUAUGAAAAUCUUAAAAAGAAUUCCCACGGAACUCGUUGCGCUGGAGAAAUAGCAAUGACCGCGAAUAAUCGCAAAUGUGGAGUGGGCGUGGCUUGGGGGGCACGAAUAGGCGGCGUGCGCAUGCUCGACGGGCGAAUCACCGACAGAGUGGAGGGAGAAGCAAUAGGCUUUGCUUGGGACAAGGUUGAUAUCUACAGCGCCUCAUGGGGUCCUAAUGACGACGGCAGGACUGUGGAAGGCCCGGGCCGACUGGCUAAUCAAGCCUUCGAAAGGGGCAUUACGAAGGGUCGUGGUGGAAAAGGCACAAUUUAUGUAUGGGCAAACGGAAACGGUGGAGUGAACAAAGACAACUGUAACUGCGAUGGAUACUCAUCCAGCAUAUUCACGAUAUCGAUAGGGAGUGCGUCUCAACAUGGUUUAUUCCCCUGGUACGGGGAAAUAUGUUCUUCUACUCUGGCGACGGCAUAUUCCUCUGGUGCUUAUAAGGAUCAAAAGAUUGCGACAACAGACACCGGUGAUUCGUGCACUCUUUCGCACACAGGGACAUCAGCGGCAGCGCCAUUAGCAGCUGGUAUCAUUGCUCUCGCUUUACAGGCCAAUCCAAACUUAACUUGGAGAGAUGUACAGCAUUUGAUUGUUUGGACAUCGGACUACAAUCCGUUAACUAAUAAUCCUGGUUGGCAAAUUAAUGGAGUCGGGCUUCGGUUUGAUAUUCGCUUCGGUUUUGGACUAAUGAAUGCUGGUGCCCUCGUAGCAGCGGCGCUCAACUGGACAACGGUUCCUGAAAAGUUCACUUGUCAGAUAGAAACUGCACCAUCAGAAAAUAGAGCUCAUAUAUCAUCUGGUGAAAUAUUAGAGAUACCAAUAAAAGUAGAUGAUUGUAUUAUAAAUUAUAUUGAGCAUGUCGAGCUGAUAGUGAACGUUCGGUACAGCCGACGAGGGGCUUUGGAAAUCGAUCUCACAUCACCAAGAGGUACGAAAGUGCCGCUACUAAGUGCUCGGAUAAAGGACACGUCGCCCAAUGGCUUUACAAAUUGGCCAUUAACAUCAGUCGCAACAUGGGGUGAGAGUUCCAAUGGAGUUUGGAAAAUGACAGUACUAGAUGAAACCGAUGAACAUAAUUCUGGCGAAGUCGGUCCUCUACGGUUGAUCAUUCACGGAACAAAACAAAUGCCAGAACAUAUGAAAAAAGGUCCCAGACAGUUUGAUGAUGAUAAUGAUUAUGAACAUGACAAAUUUGAUUACUUCGAUAACAACAACGUGUUCGAAAGUCAAAGUCUGGAAUCAGAAGAUAACAGUGUAUCAGAGGAGCAUGACACAGAACAAGCCGAUUUAAGCGGCAUUGACCCAACAAUACUGGCUGAGGUGGAGCAAGAGCUAAAAAGGAUCCACCAUAGGAUGGUAAUUAAUGGUUAAACAAUUUUUUGAUUAUUUUUUAUUUUCAACAUCAUCUUUCAGUGUUUGUCAUGAAUAGUAAGAAAUCAAUUUAAUAUCAAGUAUCGAGACAAAAAUUACUUAGUGUUAUUAUAAUAAAAACACCUACACAAAUAUUAUCAUGAAUAAAUAAAUAAUACAUUUCGAUCUCAUGUAAUUGCUUUUAUACCUUUGCUUAUCAGCAAUAAUGCAAUAUUUUCAAAUGUAUAAAGAAUUAUUGUAUUUUCUUAAAUUGUAUACAAAAAUAUUUUUUCGUAAUAUAAACAAUCAGUGGUUCUACACUACACUUUUACUAAGAAAAUACACCUACUAAGUAAGCAUCUACAUUGUGAAUGGCAACAUCUACCUAUAGAUUCUACAUGAACAUAUAAAAGCAAGUUGUUUUAACUCAUGCAUUCCUAGUUAAAAUGGCUCCACUUUGAACCGAGCUGGUUCCCAAAUAAUAGACGUUGGCAGUAAAGCGUUAUUGCUAACUCUUAAAAUAUCAUGUUCUCCUAGUUAAAUUGGUUCCGACGCAAACGAAAGUCUGACUGAGAGCGUUGAUUUUUGUAGUUUGGGAGCACAUUCACAGAGGGCGUUUUUAAAUUUCGCCACAGAUUAAAUUGUUUCCCUGCAACAAAUUUUAUCUAUGUAAACUUGAAUGUUAGAAAUAUAUUAUAAAUAACAAUAAAUGUAAAAAUUAUUUUCGUUUAAAUAGUAUUAUUUUGAAUAAAAAUAAUUCACUAACGAAAAUAAUUACACCAAUAUCUUUGUAGAAUCCUAACACAGAUAAAAAACGUUGGCAGUUGUGGCCACGUUGUGGCAAUCUCGUGGAGAUAUAAGAACGUUGCUUGCUGCGCGACUCACAUUGCUUUGGUAAGCAAUUUAUAACUUAGCCUAUCGAUAGAUGGCGGUACAAGAUUCAUAAUUUUGUUAUAUACAGAGGUACUUACUUAUCUAAUUCACCAAUGAUUCACCAUUUUGCACAAACUAUAUAGUGAUGCUAGCGCAUCUAUUUUGGUUCUACCCUUUGAGUAUCAAUAACGUUCUAUCACACGGUACAUCUAGGAAUUCGCUAUCGCACAGUGUUUUAUAGAACCAAAAAUAUUUACACCUUAAGGUUUUUGCAUAAAUCAAUUAUUUAAACCCUAAUAAAGGCAAGAGUUCAAUUCCCAGAUCACUAUUUUAAGUAAAAAAAAAAGAUAUGAAGUAGCAAAGUUUUUGAAAUUUGCGCAUGAAAAAAUUAACAAUUUAAUUUCCUCAAAAGACGGUUCCAUAUCUGUCCAUGAGAUAUUUGCCAAUUGCUAAGGAAUUAUUGAUGGUAUAAUUUUGUAAUUUUAUUUUAUUUAUAAGUGUCCUAGUUUCCAAGAAAUAUAGUUUUUUUAAAUUUCGAUUUUUAAUUUUUUUCUCCAAAAAUCGGCAAAAGUUUAACCUGGAUUUAGUACAGAAAAGUUCUAUAAGCCAAGUUCUAUCACCCAUAAAAAAAUCAAGUUUCUCUUUUGCGGUUUUAAGAAGUUAUGACAGAAUUUAGAUAAAGGUCAACUUUCAUGAUCUAGGGUUGUCACAAAGGUUAACUAUGAGUUAAAUGAAAAUGUUAUUUUUUUUUGUUAUUAAUACCGUCAAUCAAUUGAAUAAAUUGUAUUAUAUUAUAAUUGAAUAAGUGUUGUACUUAUAGACGAAUACAAUAUACUUACAUAUACUACCUACCUAAUGUAGAUGUGAUAAUGUAGGGAUACUGUUGGUGAGCUUUGCUGGUAGUCUAAGGAUAGCUUGGAAAUAACGAGAAAAUAUCGGACAUAAAAAGACAAUGUUUUUUAUUCAGAACAGAAAACGUAACUAAGGUAACCAUCAACAAAACGUAAUAUACAAAAAAAUCAUAGACAUCAAAAUAGCAUAAAAAUCUCCUUAACAUUCUUCCCCCCUGGGGUUUGAAGGCAGGCACACUAGUCGCUGCACACAACGACGGCGAAGUGUCCCUCGUGAAGUCUUUACAUCAACGACUCUCACUCGGUUAUCGGCACCAGGAUAGACUUUUUCGAUUUUCCCCCGCGGCCAAUAUCCUCGCUCUGUAGCGGCAUCAACUACAAGAACAUCGUCACCUACUUUGAGUUGGUGACCGUCGUUAGUAGAGGUCAUGGUUCUCGGUGUCAAGCAUGGCAAAACCUCUUUGAGCCAUCUCGCCCAAAACAUAUCAGCUAACCUUUGAGCCACACGCCACUGUUUUCUGGAGCAAAGGUCGAGAGAAUGAGAUGAAAUAUUCGGUAAAUUUGACGAAGUGCCUAACAAAAAAUGAAAAGGUGUUAACGAAACGUUAUCAAAAGGACUUACAGAAACAUGUGUCAACGGGCGACUGUUGACUAUAGCUUCUACUUCACACAUUAAAGUCACGAGAGUCUCAUCUCGAGGUGCUCUUUCUUUCAUGAUAAUUUUUAAUGCUGUCUUAACACUACGAAUAAGCCUCUCCCAGGCGCCACCCAUGUGAGGGCUUAGAGGUGGAUUGAAGUGCCAAUUUUGUACAGUUUGCAAAGUUUGAAGCUCAGCAUAUGCCCCACGUAAGUUUGUACCAUUGUCUGAAUACAAAUCUGUAGGCCAACCUCUCCUAGCAGCCAUUCUACGCAUAGCCAUGAUUAGGCUGUCCGUAGAUAAUGAACAAACAAUCUCAAGGUGUAUUGCACGCACGGUCAUACAUGUAAAUAUAACUCCGUACCUCUUUUCACGCCUUCUUCCAACUGUUACAUCGAUAGGUCCAAAAAGAUCAAGGCCACAAUGUGAAAAUGGUCGGCGACUGUGUGCAAUCCGGCCUGCUGGUAAAUCUCCUUGUCUAGGAAUCAUAGGCGUAGUUUUCCUUAUACGACAGAAUAAACAUUGAGAAGCAAUACGCCUCACAGAAGGGCGCAAGCGUAUAAUCCAAUAUCGUUGCCGAAGUUCAUUUAUAACAGUUUCAUUAUUAGCAUGAACAAACAAUUUAUGAUAAUGACCAAUAAUCAAAUUAGAAACGUAAUGACAGCCGUCUAAAAUUACAGGCCUCUUUGUUUCAAUACUGACAUCCGCCGCAGCAUCUAUGCGUCCCUGAAUACGUAUUACGCCUUCAUCAUCAACAUAAGGAGAAAGUUUCAAUAGUCUACUCUUCUUUGAUAAAGGUUUAUUCUCUUUAAGUUGUGCUAAUUCUUCAGGAAACGACUCACUUUGACACAGCCUAAGAAUCAAAACUUCAGCACGUUUUAGUUUAUUAAAAUCUAUACUCGACUCUUUCUUCUUAAACUUCUCAACUGCUACCAAUACUGCUGCGGUUACACGUAACAGUCGUGUCCAUGAUGAAAAUCUAACAGGAUUAGGGAUGGACAUUGACUCAGCUGUAACAAUUAAUGUACAAACAGUUCCUUUCUUAAGUUCGAGAUCCUCAUCGUUCACCGAUGUUCUGGUGAAUCUUGCGUCAGGCCACAAAGACUCUUCUUGAGAUAAAAAUUGAGGACCGUGAAACCAUUGGUGAUCGUAUUGAAGGUCAUGAACAUCUUCUUUUGUAGCAAAGUCUGCAACAUUAAUCGCUGUCGGUACAUAUCGCCAUUCUGUAGAUUUGGAAUGCUCAUUAAUUUCUCCAAGUCGAUUCGCAACAAAUGGCUUAUAAAUACGGGCGUCACUAGUGAUCCAUAGAAGGACUGUUGAAGAAUCCGUCCAAAAGAAUCGCUUAUCUGGCUUUAUUGUAUGCUCGUGUUCUAUGGCAACCGCUAGCCUGCAUGCGAGCACUGCACCUUGCAACUCCAUGCGAGGUACGGAAACUGGUCGUAAAGGGGCGACUCGACUUUUGCUAGCUAUGAAACUAAUGUAUAUAUUCAUGCCAACUAGUAUUCGCCAGUACGCGACAGCAGCAUAAGCUUGCGUCGAGGCGUCACAAAAUACGUGCAGCUCUCGCUUCACUGUAACUCCUUUUGGAAUUUGUGGUGCAGCGUUUAAGUACCACCUAGGUAUGCGAAGGGAUUUUAAUCUCUCCACGCUUUCUAACCAUUUGCGCCACUUAGAAAACUCCUUAUCUUUUAUUGGUUCAUCCCACGCUAAUCCACUUCUCCAAACAUCUUGAAGAAGGAUCCGGGAUUUAAUUGAUAUAGGAGCUAAAAAACCUUGUACGUCAAAUACUGACAUAAUGACACUGAGUAUUUCCCGUUUAGUUGGUCUUUUUACACAUGUAAGAAUUUCUUGACUUAUGCGCUUGAGAGAAAUAUCAAAGGCUAGAACAUCAUCUGCUGGAAACCAGUAAAGACCUAAGGUCCUCUCUCCUUCGCUUGUUCCGUCAAUAUUAAAUUUCACUGCGCUUGGACCUAAAUCUGCCUCUGGUAGGCUAGCUAAAACUUUUUUACUGUUACUAGUCCAGUUUCUGAUUUCAAAUCCUCCUUUCAUGUGGAUGUCUCGUACAUCUUGAACUAACUGUAAGGCUGCAUCCUCAGUCUCGAUACUGUCCAUCAGAUCAUCAACGUAAUGAUUUUGAAUUAUGCUUGUAACAGCACGAGGCUUCUCCUUAAUAUAAAGCUGGGCAUUUUUAUUUUUUAUAUACUGGGCUACAAAAGGAGAGCAGCAUGCACCAAAAAUUAAGGAGUUCAUUACGUACGUCAAAGGAGGUUUGUUAUUGGUGAUGUCAUCCCUCCAAAGGAACCGCGUAGCAUGUUGGUCUUCCUUUCGAAUCUGAACUCGAAGAAACAUAUCUUUGAUGUCACCAGUCACUGCAACCCGGUGCUCUCUGAACCUAAAUAAAAUACCGAUAAGUGAAACCAGUGAAUCUGGACCUUGAAGUAGGUAGUCGUUCAGGGAAUAGCCUUGAGAUUUGGCGGCAGCAUCAAAAACAAGUCGUAGUUUCUUCUUAUUGGGAUUGUCGACUCCAAAGUGUGGUAAAUACCACAGCCUAUCGGGUUCAGGUACACCACCUGGUUGUUCAUAAAGGUGAGCAUACUUGUUUACUAACAAAUGUUGUACCCUUUCCCGGUAUCGGUACUGAAAAUCAGGAUUCUUUUUCAUCUUGGUCUCGACCCCCUGAAGACGCAUAUACGCAGUAGGAUAUGAAUUCUUCAUUUUUACAAAGUCAUCUUUCCAUGGAAGACCAACCUCCCAGUGGUCACCUACUUGUUUGGAUGUAGCAUCAAGGAUCUUCAAAGCCCUAAGAUCUUCUGAACAUUGUCGAGUUUUAGUGCUAACUCCUAAAGCAUCUAGAGCGUAUGAACGUUUAACAAGUUCAUUUAGUUCAUCUAAAUUGUGUUUAGAUACAUUUAAGCCUGACAUAAACAAUGCGUAUGCGUCAGUAACUCCCUGUGGACGAGAUUUCUGUGCUGACUUCCCAUGGAUAGUCCAUCCUAGAACAGUUCGAGUUGCGUUAGGAUCGCCUUCUAUUAUUUCUAAUGGCGCCAGCAAGUGAUAGUUAUCCUGACCUAUGAUCAUUAAAGGCUUCAUCGGGUCAGAGCAUAAGUAAGGUUUAAUUAAAGUUAAGUGCUCAUAACUAUCUGAAUUGAAAUGUUGGAUCGGUAAAUUUAUGUCAUCGACUGUACGUGCUACAAUUCUGUAAUGGUUAAAAUCAUGUUGGCCAGAAAUAUCUAAUGCUAUUAGUUCCGUUUGACAAACUAAAACACUACUAUCCCAAGCUCCGCGUACUUUUAAACUUUCAGUGCGGCCCUUGAGUCCAGCUUUCUCGGCAACCCUAGCAUCAAUCAUUGUGAUGGUGGAACCGUCGUCUAAGAGAGCAUCAAUUGAAACGACACCAUUAGGGCCAUGGAUCCGGACGCGCACAUACUUGAGAAGCACUUGUGAGGGUGUAGGUUUAACUGGGUCAGACGUCGCUGAAAUUUCAGUAGCUGUUACGUUUGAUAAACAUACAUUAGAAGCAGUGUCGUUUGAUAAACAUACAUUAGUACUCUUCCCCGCGAUAGGUUUAGCCUCUGCACGUUCAUCGGUGUUUUUUGCCUCAGUAGAUUCAACAACAGAAGCAUUAUUACACCUAUCAGUAAACCUAUUGGGCCAAUGAAGAAUCGUGUGGUGUGGUAAACCACAGUUCUCAAUAUUACAAACUGGAGCCUCGCAUGUUUCCUUAUUAUGGUCACUCACUAAGCAUUUAGGGCAAAGUCGAUUACUACGCACGAAAUUCCAUCGUUCUUUACGAAGAGCGCGUUUGAAUUUCGGACAAUCCGUAAUAACGUGAUCAGAACGCUUAAAGCAAAAACGACAUUUCGCAGUUCCCUGCAGUGUAACUUUCGGCCGUGUCUCACUGGACUGUGCGAACACUAAUUGCGGCUUAUGAAAAUUUGAAUAAGUUUGACUUAUAUCGGGUUUUCUCUGAACAGAAGUAGCAUGUAAUAAAGAAACACCGAUAUUAGAAAUCUUUUGGGCCUCUUUCUCUAAAAAUUCCGAUAAAAGCUCUAAGCGUGUCAUAUCAAAACUUUUAUCAUGAUAAGUAUGAACAUAAUCUGCCCAUCGAGUAAUUAAACUACAUGGUAACUUAGAUAAAAUUGCUGUCGUGAGUUCGGGACUCCGUAGGUAGUCAUCCUGCUUUAUGGAUUUCACAGCAGCGACACAAUUUUUUAUUUUUAUUGAAAAUGACACUAUGUCAUUAUGGUAUGACACUGACAGUGAUGGAAUUUUUCGUAUUUGACUAACUAUUUUUGUAAUUAUAAUUUCGGGUCGGCCGAAACGUAAUUCUAAGGUUUUUAUGAUACUUUCAGCGGAAACAUUACCCAUGAGCAAUGCUAAAACACACUCUCUAGCUUCACCUUGCAAACUUUUACGUAGGCGACAAAUAUUUUCUGCAUUUGAAAAUUGGCAAGCCUGGGUGGACUCCUCGUAGAAACAUUUAAAAUGAACCCAUUCUAACGGAUCACCUCUAAACAUAGGCAGCUCUUUAGGCGUUGCCAAACGACUUAAUAUUUUAUCACUGACAGUCGCCUGCUGACUACUUUGCGCGCAACCUAAAGCUAAAUUGUGUACUGCGUCGAGUAAUUUUAGUAAAGUAUGGUUUUCUACAUUACCUUGAACAGUGGGGGCAUAAAGGGGAACUGAUAUGUUUGGAGCAGAGAUGGAACAUUCUCCAUCCUUAUGAGCAGCAGGAUCCGUCUGACAACCAUCAUGUUCAGCUGCUGGGGUACUGAAGUCCGAGUGGCGCGCAUUUUGUGUCGCAGUCAUGCGACUAGUGGGAACAUUCUGUAGCGCUACCCAUUCCGCAGUCCUGCGUGCCGAUGACGUCAUACUUGAUCCUGCAUGAGAACGUUGCUCUUCGAUUUCUGCAAGGCUUGCAUCCAGCCUCUUCUCUACAACCAAUGCCUGCAUUCUCGCUGCCUCCACCUUCGCUUUCAUCCUAGUCUCUUCCAUCUUUGUAUGCAUCCUAAAUUCUUCCAUCUUUGUAUGCAUCCUAAGUUCUUCCAAUCUUGCCUCCGCCUCCGCAGCCGCAGCUAGUAACCGUGCUUUUUCUUCCGCUGCUUCCAACUUGAGCUGAGUUCUUAAUAACUUGCCGGAUACAACUGACGUUUUGGAGAUGGAUUUCGCUGAAGCUCCAUCACUUCUAGAUGCAUUGCAGACACUCUUGGAAGUAUCUAGAUGUCCAUCAAAACUCGCUGAUGAUGAUUGCUGUAUUAUUUUCGACUUUUGUGCAAGUUCAUUCACGCUGCGAGUUUUUGCCCUUGUUAACAUUAUGGUGAUAUUUCCUUAUCCUCAACUUCUACGUAAACUCGAAGGACCACGAUGUUGGUGAGCUUUGCUGGUAGUCUAAGGAUAGCUUGGAAAUAACGAGAAAAUAUCGGACAUAAAAAGACAAUGUUUUUUAUUCAGAACAGAAAACGUAACUAAGGUAACCAUCAACAAAACGUAAUAUACAAAAAAAUCAUAGACAUCAAAAUAGCAUAAAAAUCUCCUUAACAGAUACUUUAUGUUUUAAUUUUGACGACCACAUUUUAAUUUUGCCUUACACGCUAAAUGGCAACGAAAAAAUAAACUAUGUUGUUUGAAAAAAUUUAACACACAUCCUAUACUAUAAACGAGCAAUUAUUGUAUGUACCUAUAUAAAUAUAUUGGUAUGUAAUUGGUUUCUCGGAAACGGAUCUAACGAUUGUGAUGAAAUUUUGGAUUUAGAAAUUCAUUCACAUUUAAAAUCAAUCUAGGAUAGUGUCAUCACCUGCCGGCACCUUCUUUAUGCAACACCUCUACUUUAACUUUUAUACAAAUAUAUCAUCUUCGUUUAAUAAUUCUAGGUUGCUUUCAUUUGCGACGUUCGAAAAAUCUUCAUCUUCAGCAUCUUCCUCUGCUUCGAAUAACGGCAAUCGAUCUGCAUCAAUUGGUUGUAAUAGCUCGCUAACAGCUGAAGGCAAGGGAAAUCGCUUAGAAUAUUUUCGACGUUGGCUGAUAUUUGCCAUAGAAAUAAACGGGUCUGAUGAUUCUAGGGCACGGUGAAAGAGGUCCGUCAUUGUGGUUCUCCUGUUCAUUUUUCGGCAAUGAUGCUCUCUGUCUGAACGCUAGAAUUUAUUUCGGGACUCAGCUGCUUGUUCAGAUAGCAUACCGAUGGGCAGUGCACUGGACGCAAUAAUUUCUUCACCGUGCAUGAGGAUUUUAUGAACUGUUACUGUCAUCGGGUGCCAACUAUAAAAACGGACAUAUUUUUCAACCCUGGAUCAUGAAAGUUGACCUUUAUCUAAAUUCUGUCAUAACUUCUUAAAACCGCAAAAGUGAAACUUGAUUUUUUUAUGGGUGAUAGAACUUGGCUUAUAGAACCUUUCUGUACUAAAUCCAGGUUCCACUUUUGCCGAUUUUUGGAGAAAAAAAUUAAAAAUCGAAAUUUAAAAAAACUAUAUUUCUUGGAAACUAGGACACUUAUAAAUAAAAUAAAAUUACAAAAUUAUGCCAUUAAUAAUUCUAUAGCAAGUGGCAAAUAUCUCAUGGACAGAUAUGGAACCGUCUUUUGAGGAAAUUAAAUUGUUAAUAUUUUCAUGCGCGAAUUUCAAAAACUUUGCUACUUCAUAUUUUUUUUUUUUACUUAAAAUAGUGAUCUGGGAAUUGAACUCUUGCCUUUAUUAAGGUUUAAAUAAUUGAUUUAUGCAAAAACCUUAAGGUGUAAAUAUUUUUGGUUUCAUAAAACACUCGGUGUCAACCCUAGCAUAAAAAUUUAAAAUCUUUUAAACGCCGCAAAAGUGACACGUGGCUUAUUUAUGUAUGAUAGACCACAUCCGUCGGUUUAUUUCUAUCUAAGUUCUAGGUUCCACUUUUUCGUUUUUAGGGAGAAAAAACAAUAAAUACGAAAUACAAAAAAAAAAUGCUGCUCCCAAACCAAUGCAUUUUUUUAAGCUUAAGAAACGCGUUUAUACGCCUCUGAUUAUGCCCGAUUGACACAUAUUUAUUAAAAAAAUAUAUUGUUAAUAUUCACUUUAUAAAAAAAUAUUCUAGAUUUCAUAGGUCUAAGUUCAUGAUUUUUUUUCUCAAAAAGUAUUUGAGUUAGACUUCUGUAAAUUGAACUCAAGCCUUUUUAGGGUAUAAAUAAUCUAUUUAUGUAAGAACCUGAACAUGUAAAUUUUUUUGGUUCCAUAAAACACUGUGUAUCGGUCCAUGAUGUCGAAUUAAAAUCUAGCAAUUAAAAAAACCUUUUUUUUAAAGUUAUUUAUUCUUUUGAAAUUACAUUUUUGUUCCAUUCUAUCUAAAUUAAAUACCCCUUUAAAAAAUCACAAAGCUUUUAUUACUUAAUUGCAGACACUUAGGCACCAAUAAAGAACCAACAUUAUAAACAAUAAUUAAAAAGUCUUACCACUAAUUUAUAAGGUACUGAUGCAUUGACACACGAAAAAACACACGAUCGUCAUACAAUGUUUUUCAACAUAUUUGCGAGAAAAUAAUACCUAUACCUUAUUUAUGUAACAAAGGAAACUGUUUUCUACUAAGAGAAUGACGCGUAUUUCAAAUGACGCCACGUGCGGGUAGAGAAAAUUAACCACAUUACGUAUUAAAGUGAGACAAAGGUAUAAAUUAGAAUCGGUUCCAAGGAGGUUUAACCUAAAAAUAAAAAAACCGUAAAGGAUACGCACGGCGCUAUGUAUGGGAGCGUGCGGUAAAACGUUAACGUUAAACCAUACACUCCUUAGUAUGGCCCGUAAUUUUGAACUUUAGAACAAUGUAUAUAACCUCCAUGAAUGUAUUUUCAAGCUAAUGUGUUGAAAAA